AUGUGUCCAGGCCCGCUUUUCAAAUUAUCCAUACAAAGGAAAUUUGAAGAUUCAACUGGAUCAGAUUUUGUGUCCAUAAUGAUUGCAGGUUCUUUUGGGAUUUAUCCGGUAGGAAUGUCCUUUUACCGAAUGAGUGCAUUUAAACUUAGCAUUGGUCAAUGAGUGUGCAUGGCAUUUAAUUCAUUAAUUUCAAUCGAUUCUACAUUGUUAAGUUAAAUGUUCCCUCAUCUAAACAUGUUUUCUUUUUUUUUUUUCAUAGAACUCAAUCCAGAAAAAUACCACUCUCCAAUGUUCAGCAAAAUCAAUCAAAGCAGCAUACUCAUUUUAGAUGUUAAUCGAACUCAAUCCAGGCAGUAUUUGAUUUAAAUGUUUUACGAACUUAAUCCAUGCAGUAUAUCCAUCUAAAUUUUUACUUUAAAUCAAUCAAGGCAAUAUAUCUUUCUAAUUUGUUUCUUUAAAUCAAUGCAGACAGCGUAUCCAUCUGAAUUAAGAAAUGAGCUCAAUCCAGGCAGUUUAAGUUUUCUCAAACUUAAUCUAGGCAGAAUAUCCAUCUUAUUGGUUGCUCCAGCUCAAUCAAAGCAGAAUAUCAAUCUAAGAUGUUUCUCCAUCUUAAUUCAGGCAGUACAUCCAUCUACUUUGUACCUCAAAAUCAAUAUAGAAGACUAUCCAUCUAAGUUUAGCAACAAGCCUAAUUAAGACAGUAUAGCCAUCAAAGUUGUUCCCCCAACUCAAUACCGGAAGAAUAUCCAUGCAAGUUGAUCCUCCAAGUACAUCCUCCUACUACCAUCCUAAGUAGGUAAUCUAACUCAAUCAAGUUAGCAUAUACAUCUAAUGUGUUUAUCCUAUUCAAUCAAGUCAGUUUACCCAUCUAAGUGGUUUCUCCAACUUAAUCCAUUCAGUAAAACCAUACAAGUUGUUCCUCGAACUUAAUCAAGUCAGUAUACCGAUUUAAGUUGUUCCUGUAACGAAAUCAAGGCGGUAUACUCAUCUAAGAUAUUCCUCUAAUUCAAUCCAGUCAGUAAAACUAUUUUAGUCUUUUCACCUACUUAAUCCAGGCAAUAACCCAUCCAAGAUUUUCUUCCUACUCAAUUCAGCAGUAUACCCAUGAGGUGAUUAUCCAAUAGGAUGCUCCUCUAACUCAAUACAGCAGUAUAUCCAUCUAAGAUUUUCCUCCUACUCAUUUCAGGCAGUGUAACAAUCUAAGUUGUUCGCCCUACUCAAUCUAGCCACUAAACCAAUCUUAAUCGUUUCUCCAACUCAUCUAGUCAGUAUACCCAUCUAAGAUGUUCCUCAAACUCAAUCCAGCUAUAUACCCAUCUAAGAUGUUCCUCCAACUCAAUCCAGCUUUAUACCCAUCUAAGAUGUCUUCUAACUCAAUCCAGGCAGUAUAUCCAUCUGAUUGAAUAAUUUAGCAGGCAAUUUAUCCAUCUACGUUUUCUCUAACUUAAUCUAGGCAGUAUAUCCAUCUUAGAUGUUCAUCCAGCUCAUUCAAAGCAGAAUAUCCAUCUAAGAUGUUCCUCCAUCUUAAUUCAGGCAGUGUAUUCAUCUGCAAUGUUCCUCAAAUUUAAUCCGGGCAGAAUAUCCAUUAACUUAGUUUGCCUUCGUAAUUCGGGCCCUAUAGUCAUCCAAGUUUUUCCACCAACUCAAUCCUGAAAGAAUAUCCAUGCAAGAUAUUCAAGCCGAUCCAGGCAGUACCCGAUUCACUUCUGUCAUUUGCGUGCCCUGGGUCAGCUGCAUCCUCAACUCAAUAGGAGAACAGCCAAUGCUGUAGCGGUAACUCUAAUCCAGUCAAGAUUCGAUUACUGUAAUAGUUGUUUGUGGGGUUUACCUCAGAACCAAAUUCAGAGACUCCAAAAGAUACAAAAUACUGAAGUACGCAUUGUAUCGCGGAUGAAGAAAUCUGACCACAUCACCCCAGUUCUACGAGAUCUCCAUGGGGUUCCUGCGAGUGAGUGCAUUAACUACAAAAUUCUGCCCCUGGCGUAAAGCUGCAUAGAUGGCUCAGCACCGGAAUAUCUCAAAGAACUGAUUUAUAAACGUGUAUCCUUGAAGAGCUUGCGGUCUUCUACACAGUACUUACUGUGUGUUCCUAGUGUGGAGGAACAAAGAAAAAAGUCUUGAGGAGUGCGCUCUUUUGAAAAUUAGAGCGCCAACAUUAUGGGACAGUUUGCCUCAAUCUUGUAAACGAUAAAAAAUCAUUUAAGAAACAUUUAAAACUUUUUGUAUACAAAGAUUUCGGAAAACCAGAGCGCGGUGAGCAUGCUAAAGUGGCAUGGAUACCAGCGCGAUAUAAAUAUCAAAAUCAAUCAAUCAAUCGCUUUGUUCCUUGGGUUCAAUCCAAAAGUUUUAAUCAUGAUCAUUCAACUCCAUAUUGGCAGAAUAUCCAACUAAGUAUAACAAUAUCGAUGUAACUGUUCAUUUUAGGAAUGCAUGGAGAGGUAUCAAUAAAAAUAUCAUUGUUUCUUUGUGUAUUAAAUGUAGUGUUUCAGGCUCAAUCAUAUUUCAAUGUUCGUUUUAAUGGUACAACGAAAUAAUUGGUCGUCUUUCAUUUUCAGAAACCAAAACAUAUUAUUUGGCCAUGGACGGCGACAUUCCACUAUUAUAAUGUGAGCAGACCAGAGGACCAAUAUAUUAUUCUACACAACACGAACGCGACGUGUGCUGAUGCUGGCGUGUACAGGUGUCAUACUGAAUUCGAUAUGCCAAGUGGCCCGCUGUUUUUUUCAUAUAAUAAGACACAAUUGCUCAGAAAAAAAG